GCAGCAGCAUGAGAUCCAUCAGCGUGUGGAUACUAACAUCCUUCACCACAGUUUGGUCGAGUUUGCACCCAGAAUGUGAGUAUAUAUUUCAGCUGGAGAGAGAGGAACAGCGGUGUCAGAGAGAAAUCGCUGAGCAUGCAAACCUCAGCACCCCAGGCUGUCCCCCAGUAUGGGACUCUGUAGUGUGCUGGCCAAUGGCAGCAGUUGGAGAAACUGUUCACUCCGCCUGUCCCGCUGUCUUCUCUCUCUUUAGCAACAACACAGGUAAAGUGAGUCGUAACUGUACCAGUGCAGGCUGGUCACACCCUUUUCCCCCAUACCACGAGGCCUGCAGCGUGGAGGAUGACAUCCCAGAGGAGUCAUAUUUUGCUACAGUAAGAUUGAUCUACUCUGUCGGCUACGGAGCCUCCCUCUUCUCCCUCACUGUUGCCGUGGUGAUCCUGGUCUUCUUCAGGAGGCUGCACUGUGCCCGAAACUACAUCCACAUUCAGUUGUUCAUCAGCUUCAUCCUCAAAGCUGCAUCUGUGUUCAUAAAGGACGCUACACUGUUUGCUGGUGAAGACACUGACCACUGCACUCUCUCUACGGCUGCCUGUAAGGCGUCUGUGGUGUUUUGUCACUACUGUGUGAUGAGUAAUUUCUCGUGGCUGUUGGUGGAGGCAGUAUAUCUGAACUCUCUGUUGCUCUCUGCCUUCCCUCGCAGCCGUCGCUGUCUCUGGGGCUUUGCUCUGCUGGGCUGGGGAGUACCGCUGGUGUGUAUCAUCCUCUGGAUUGGCUCACGUGUGUAUUUUGAGGACACGGAAUGCUGGGACAUUAAUGAAGAUUCUCCUUAUUGGUGGAUCAUCAAGGGACCAAUUGUCGUGUCCAUAGGGAUCAACUUCCUGCUGUUCAUGAACAUCAUAAGGAUUCUGGUCCAGAAGCUGAACCCGCGGCUCAUCCAGUUCAACAACUCUGCACAGUACAGACGCCUGACCAAGUCCACUCUUCUCCUAAUCCCCCUGUUCGGGACCCAUUACGUGGUGUUCAACUUCCUGCCGGAUUACUCCAACCUCAGCCUGCGUCUCUGUAUAGAGCUCUGCCUCGGCUCUUUCCAGGGGCUCAUUGUGGCGAUUCUCUACUGUUUCCUUAACCAGGAGGUCCAGAAUGAAGUGCGGAUGAGGUGGAUGCGCUGGCAGGAGGGCAGUUAUGGAGUGGUUCCUGCAGGAGCCAAAGGCAGUCAAAUGGACACACCGUUCUAACACCUUCAUGUCCACAAGUUCAGACUCUGUGAUCCAAACACUAUUGAUUCUGCUGUUCAGUCAGCUGUUUUCUACCUGAACUACAUCCAACAAACUUUGCUUUCCAGUAAAGCAACAACUCUGUAAUUGUUUUCUAGAAUGUUCUCCUCAGUUUUUAAGUUCUUCAUCUGGACAUUUCAAACACAGCCUUGAAACUGUAUACUGUCUUGAGUCAGGUGAUCCAGAGACAGUGAGACAGUGCUGACCACUUUAUUAUCUGUAUGAGUUAACAGCAGGAAGAGAAAUUUCAUUUUCUGUUGAAAUAUCUGCAUUUUUUAACAAAUAGCAUUUUAUUUUAAGAUUAUGAAAUAUGAAAUUUUGUAUCUGAUCAUUUAGUUGAUUUAUUUUUGUGUUUAGGCAAAUGUGAUUUAACACCAUUGACCUAUGGAACUAUAAGCAUAAGUUGCAAAUACUUCUAAAUAUUUCCAUUUGCAGCUCUGCUUAAAUGGCACCGUUUUGCUUAAAGUGAGACCCAUUAUCAUUUGCUUGUGUUGUAAUUUGUUUCUACACCAUAUGCCCUAAAACAUAUUUUAAACAGAUGCUUUAUUUGAAUACGCAGUUAAGUAAAUGAAUACUAAGAUCA